CGGGACAAGCCCAGCCCCUCCCUCCCCCUGCCGGCAGGUCGCAGAGGGGACGCCGCGGCGGGGCAGCCGGGAGGGGCCACGCCGCCCCUGAGAGUCAUUGGAGGACCUGGUGGCCCGAAGCUGAUAAAUAAGGGCCCGGCACGAGGCUUCGGGCCAAGUUGGACGUCGCGACCCGAGCAAGGGCCAGGUCAGCGCCGGCCCCACGAGGCGUAGCCAAGUGACCCGCGUUCAGCUAUGGCCUCGCUACUGGGAGCCUACCCGUGGACCGAAGGGCUGGAGUGUCCUACCCUGGAAGCCGAGCUGUCGGAUGGGCUGUCGCCGCCCGCCGUCCCCCGACCUCCAGGGGACAAGGGUUCGGAGAGCCGGAUCCGGCGGCCCAUGAAUGCCUUCAUGGUGUGGGCCAAGGACGAGAGGAAACGCCUGGCGGUGCAGAACCCAGACCUGCACAACGCGGAGCUCAGCAAGAUGCUGGGAAAGUCGUGGAAGGCACUGACUCUGUCACAGAAGAGGCCCUAUGUGGAUGAGGCAGAGCGGCUGCGCCUACAACACAUGCAGGACUACCCCAAUUACAAGUACCGGCCCCGUAGAAAGAAACAAGGCAAGCGCCUCUGCAAGCGUGUGGACCCUGGCUUCCUCCUGAGCUCCCUCUCUCGUGACCAGAACACGCUGCCUGAGAAAACCAGCAUUGGCAGGGGUGCACUGGGUGAGAAGGAGGACAGGGGUGAGUACUCCCCAGGUGCUGCCCUGCCUGGACUACACAGCUGUUACCACGAAGGUGCGGCUGGUGCCCCUGGCAGUGUGGACACAUAUCCGUACGGGCUGCCCACACCCCCAGAGAUGUCGCCCCUGGAUGCGCUGGAGCCGGAGCAGACCUUCUUCUCAUCCUCGUGUCAAGAGGAGCAUGGCCACCCCCACCGCCUCCCCCACCUACCAGGGCCUCCUUACUCACCAGAGUUCACACCCAGUCCCCUCCACUGCAGCCACCCUCUAGGGUCUUUGGCCCUUGGCCAAUCCCCAGGGGUUUCUAUGAUGUCCUCUGUUCCUGGCUGUCCUCCAUCUCCAGCCUACUACUCCCCUGCCACCUACCACUCUCUUCACCCCAACCUCCAGGCCCACUUGGGCCAGCUCUCUCCACCUCCUGAGCACCCUGGCUUCGACACACUGGAUCAACUAAGCCAGGUGGAACUUCUGGGGGACAUGGAUCGCAAUGAAUUUGAUCAGUAUUUGAACACUCCUGGCCACCCUGACUCUGCUGCAGGGGCUGGGACCCUCAAUGGGCAUGCCUCACUCUCCCAGGGGACUGCAACAGGCCCCACAGAGACUAGCCUCAUCUCCGUCCUGGCUGAUGCCACAGCCACAUACUACAACAGCUACAGCGUGUCCUAGAGCCAGAAGCAUGGAGCCUGGCCCAGUGAAGCACUGAGCAGAAUAGAAACUGUAAUAUUACCAUCUCUUGGUGGCAGGGGGUCAGAACGGCUGUCCCAGAGCCUUCAGUCUAAAGCCAGGAUCUAGCGCCCCUUCUGUCCCUUUAAAUGUGUUUCACUGGCUUCACCUGGAAGCACAGCCUUGAGGAGCUAUGUGGGUAGGACUUCCUGGCCAUUCUGUCUCCCCAUCAGUGUGGCUGAUGGUAGGGAGCCCAAUGCAUUGGAGCUCCUGCUUUUGAUGUAGCCACUCCUGACCUGUGGUGCUCCCAGUGAGAAGGGACCCUGGGUCCUUCAGUCUCUAACUGGCAAAACCCCAUUCUGGCUUGACGAGCCUUAACUGUUCUCUCCUGUAAAGUGGAGGCUGACUUGAUAGCCAAGCCCUGAGUUAUGAUCCUCUCAAAGCUAAGGAAAGUGUGACCCCCAGCAAUGGGCAGCCUCAUGGGGACUUCAUGUGUAUUCCCCAAGCUUCCAGGUUUUUUGCUUUCCUGUUCUCUGGUCUACAGCCACCCUAGAGCUCCAAAGAAACUCCUCCAAUUGAGAGAAAUAUUCUCAGUUGGCAAGAUGGCUCUGGAUGGCUCAGUGGGUAAAAGUGCCUGCUGCCAAGCCUGAAAACCUAAGUUCUAUCCCUGGAGCCUCCACGGUGGAAGGAAAAGAACUGACUCCUGAAGUUGUAUUCUGACCUCCGUGUGCAUGCCAUAGCACAUAUGCCUCAGAAUUAUAUGUGUGCUUGAGCAUGUUCACAUGCAUACACACACAAACUAAAUGUAAUUUUUUUAAAAAAGGAAACAUGUACCCUAGUUUGGGAAAUUAAUGAGUAUGCUCAGCUGUAUCACUGAAAGCAAAAUUGAAUUCAAAAGGUUUUUGUUUGUUUGUUUGUUUGUUUGUUUGUUUUCCUGAGACUGGGUUCAUUGUGUAGCCCUGGCUGUCUUGGAAUUCACUUUGUAGACCAGGCUGGCCUCAAACUCAAAGCCUGCUUCUUGCUUCUGCCACCUAAAUGCUGGGAUUAAAGGCAAGUGCCACCACACCCAGACUUGAAGUUUUUUGUUGUUUCUUUGUUUUCUUUUUUGUUUGUUUGUUUGUUUUGCUUUGCUUUGUUUUAAUAUAUAAGUUAGCUACAUUAUUUUUCGUUUACAUACACUCCAGGAGACUACAGAGAGAGAUGCCCUUAUGCAGGCUACCCUCCCCCCCCCCUCAGGCUUUGUAGCCUGAUUUAGAGUCCUCUGAAUUGUAACAGUGUCUCACCACUUCCCUACUGAAUGACCCAAAGAGCUAGGAACCUAAAAACACUGUUCACAAGGCAGCAGCAUCCGGGCAUGCUGAUUUCUCUGGCACAGCUGCAGCAUGGCCGUAUCUAGAGAUGCAAAGGAGGCCUCUCUUCCGGCUAUCUGCUGCCCCUCACCCUUUGCUGAACGUUUUCCUUCUCCUCUCUGUUACUCUCCCUCCACUCCAAACUGUCCCCCGAUUCAAAGGACCCCUGGCUUGAAAUCCCAGGCAUGAUCCCUCUGGCCAUGAGGGGAACAUGGUUCUUGUUCUUUCAGUAGAUAGACCAGAACAGUUCCCUGUCCCACCGUCCUUUGGCUGUCCCAAACAAACACACUGUGACACCCAAAGAUGUUUCUGAGCUCUGAUUCCACCCCAGACAUUUCCAUCCCCUAAGCCUCCUUUGAAGGAACGUACCUAACACUGAGCUAGCAGACUAUUGUCUGUCCUUGAACCCGUGUGUAUUAUUAUCUUUAUGAAAUGUGUUUUUAUUUUCUGCUGUUAUUGCUGUCUUAUAUUUUGUAUUGUUGACAGACCCCCCUCCCAGAAGUCGUAUUAUAAAUUCACUUAUAAGAUAUACUUAAUCUUUAUGUUAUUACUGUAUAUACCAUUUGGUGAUAAAUAGUGAAUGGUUAAUGAUAUGAUUGACUGGUGCCCAGUCACGAUGUGUAUUAAUAAUCUCGUAAAACAGUAUCACAGACAUUAAGCUACUCUGUUCUAUUUUUUCAAGAAGACUACAUAUGCAUGGAACAGUUAUGAAUAUUGAUUUGUCAAAAAUGUUUAAUUUAAAUAAAUGUUUUUGUACCUUGA